UCGAUCGGAAGGCGGAACAGCGGGGUGGGAAGCCGCCGGGAGUUUGUGGCGUCAGUCGAGGGGCAACCGCCGGGCUCCCCGGCUAGGCCGCGUCCGGGCCGCUCGCCAUGGCGUCGGCGGGGCCGCGGGAGCCCGCAGGCGAAGGCAUCAGAUUGUCAGCAGAUGUCAAACCAUUUGUCCCCAAGUUUGCCGGGCUGGGUGUGCCUUGGCAGGAGUCUUCAGAAGCCCCAGCGUUCCCCAGCGGUGCCACUGCCUACUACCCUAGUGUUCAGGGACUGCCAGUGCCGGGACAGAAAGUUUAUGCUGAAGAGGCGACGUUUGGCGCUUCACCUUUGCCUCCUCAGUAUUUGUCUUCUGAGAUUGCGCUUCCGCCCUAUGCCUGCUCUUCCUACACCCUGGAGGCUGCGCAGAAUGUCUGCCCAGCGCCCCGCUCGCAGUACGACUAUGGCCAGCCAAGUUGUUACCGCGGCUUCCCAACGGGGAAGCCACGCCAUGACCACCGGUGUCCUCUCCCACAGGACUCCCGAGCCUUGUUGAAGAAAAAAGUGUAUGAUGAACAAAAGCUUGACAGUAAGAAGGCUGAUGGGACUGUAUCAGCGAAAGGUCCCCACACAGUGUCCAUGCGUGCUGAGCAUAGCCCGACACCGGAUGGUUAUCAGAAGCGAACAGACCGGAAAUCCAGAAUCCCUGAAAGCAGUGGACCCACCUCCAACCCCGAGUUUGAAUUUACCAGGUUGGAUUUCCCUGAACUGCCGGGCCCAGAGAACAGUGAGCGAUCAGAGGCCCCAAGGCAGCCCAAGUGGGGGCCUGCACACCCUGCCUCCUCCGACCUUUCUCUCCUGAGAGAGGCGGGCAAGCCUGCUGCCCUGGCGCCAGAGUCUAAAGCAGCACCAGGGGGCAGUCCUGAGCCAAAUGACGCCUCAAGAAAGAAUAAGAAAAAGAAAGAAAAGUUGAAAAUGAACCUCGAAGUCCCGACAGCUCAAGAGCCGCCAAGGAUCGAGGAUGCCGAGGAGUUCCCCAACCUGGCAGCCGCAUCUGAAAGGAGAGAGAGAGCAGACUCUCCGAAGUUUCCGUCAAGACAGCAGCCGCAGAAUAGUUUUAGAAGCAGUACAAAGAAGAGCCAAGUGCCGGUGCAGCUGGACCUGGGGGGGCUGCUGACGGCCCUGGAGAAGAAGCAGCGCUCCCAGAGUGCGAAGCAGUCCUCCAGACCCGUGGUGUUCUCGGUCGGGGCUGUGCCAGUCCUCUCCAAAGAGGCCACGUCCGGCAAGAAGGCCCAUCGCGUCGGCCAGCAGAAAACCCCGCACAACCCCCUCGACUCCAGCGCCCCCCUGGUGAAGAAGGGGAAGCAGAGGGAGGUCCCCAAGGCCAAGAAGCCGACCUCACUGAAGAAGAUUAUUUUGAAGGAGCGUCAGGAGAGAAAGCAGCAGCGUCUCCAGGAAAAUGCCGGGAGCCCCACGUUCCCCAGCAAGGAGGUGCACGAGACGGAGGGUGGGGGUGACGAGCAGCCCCUUGAGCAGGCACAGCCCGACCUCGCAGGGGGUGUGGCCGAGCCCGAGGCCUGUGCGCCUGCGGAGGAGAGCAAGUCUGCGGAGAUCCUGCCUGAGCCCGAGCCCUCCUGCCCGAGCCCUGACACCAGCUGCCCCCCUAAGAUCCACAGCCGGAGAUUCAGAGACUACUGCAGCCAGAUGCUGAGCAAAGAAGUGGACGCCUGCGUGACGGAGCUGCUGAAAGAGCUGGUCCGUUUCCAAGACCGCAUGUACCAGAAGGACCCGGUCAAGGCCAAGACCAAGCGCCGCCUCGUCCUGGGGCUGAGGGAGGUGCUGAAGCAUCUGAAGCUGAGAAAGCUGAAGUGCAUCAUCAUCUCUCCCAACUGCGAGAAGAUACAGUCCAAAGGUGGGCUGGAUGACACGCUGCACACCAUCAUCGACUGUGCCUGCGAGCAGAACAUCCCCUUCGUGUUCGCCCUCAACCGCAAGGAGCUGGGGCGCAGCCUGAACAAGGCCGUGCCCGUCAGCGUGGUGGGCAUCUUCAGCUACGACGGCGCGCAGGACCAGUUCCGCAGGAUGGUGGAGCUGACGAUGGCGGCUCGGCAGGCGUACCAGGCCCUGCUGGACAGCGUGCACCAGGAGCCGCCCGGGCCCCCGGCCCCGCCCAGCCCGCCCAGCCCGGCCCCCGCGGGCAGCGCAGAGCCCCGCUACAUGGAGAUCUGGAGAAAGCAUCUGGAAGCCUACAGCCAGUGCCCAGGGGGGCUGGAAGACCCGCUGGAGGCCCCCGCCUCCCCGAUGAUGAAGCUGAGCUUAUGAGACUCCUCUCCCUGUGUCUGUGUCCGGGGUAAGGGGUGGCCGGGGGCCUGUCCUCUGCUCGCUGUCCACGCAGACCUGCUGGCCGCUUGUGGGCGUCCAGGGCGCCGGCUGCUGUGGGGACCGAUGCGGAGCGCUGAGGGCCUAGAGCGCCGGGAAGGGGUGUCGGGAGCCGCCGGCUGUCAGGGAAACUUCCUCUCUGUUGCCAGAUAGCUGAGCCCGUCCGUUGCAGGAGGCGGCAGCAGGCGAGGGUGGGGUGGGCGAGACAGGCGACGGGCCCCGUCCUGGGAGCCCCUCACUGUGUGGCCUCAGCUGGAAGAUGUCGGGACUCGGGACUCGUGACAGGAACCGCACAAGGAACAUGGUUCUGGACGUGAACUCUUGGCGGUCUUUUCUUUUUCCAAGAAACGAUGACUGUUGACAUUUCUAAAGUUCA